AUGGAAGCGCUCAGGUAUUCUAAAGCUGCCUAUGAUAAAUAUCUUAUGUAUGGAGACAUAUCUACUAAGGCAGCUCACAUGCUAUCACUUCCUAAGGUUUCAGAUUUCUUUACAAGGUUAAUACAAAGAGUUUCUCCAAAGAGUUACCAGCAGGCUUUUGGAGAAGUCUAUGUGACACAAAAGUUUCUAGAGAAUUUUUGCGGGGAUCAGGUUCGUUUCUUAGCAAGAUCAUUUGCAGUACCCGGAAAUCAUCUUGGACAACAAAGUCAUGGUUUUCGUUGGCCCUAUGGUCCUGUGGCAAUUAUUACUCCUUUUAAUUUUCCCUUAGAGAUUCCUGUUCUUCAAUUGAUGGGUGCACUCUAUAUGGGCAACAAACCAGUCCUUAAAGUUGAUAGCAAGGUGAGCAUUGUCAUGGAACAAAUGUUACGUCUGCUUCACACCUGUGGCUUACCUGUUGAAGAUGUAGACUUCAUAAAUUCUGACGGGAAGACAAUGAACAAACUGUUACUGGAGAUGAUAUUGGAUCAUGAAGUAGUAUUGAAUUUACAGGCAAAUCCACGAAUGACCCUUUUUACUGGUAGUUCAAGAGUGGCUGAGAAGUUAGCCCUUGAUUUGAAGGGCCGUGUUAAAUUGGAAGAUGCUGGAUUUGACUGGAAAAUACUGGGUCCUGAUGUCCAUCAGGAAGAUUACACUGCGUGGGUGUGUGAUCAAGAUGCAUAUGCAUGCAGUGGUCAGAAAUGCUCUGCCCAAUCAUUAUUAUUUAUGCACGAGAACUGGUCUAAAACUUCCUUGCUAUCGAAGUUAAAAGAUCUUGCUGAAAGAAGAAAGUUGACAGACUUGACAAUUGGCCCAGUCCUCACAGUUACGACUGAUUCUAUGCUUGAACAUGUCAAUAAGUUGCUUGAGAUACCAGGAUCAAAGCUGCUCUUCGGAGGUCGACCUUUGGAGGAUCAUUCAAUUCCGUCUAUUUAUGGUGCUAUUAAACCAACAGCUGUUUAUGUUCCUCUUGAGGAAAUUAUGAAGGAUAACAAUUUUGAACUUGUGACAAAAGAAAUAUUCGGACCCUUCCAGAUUAUUACCGAUUACAAAAAUAGUCAACUAUCAGUUGUAUUGGAUGCUUUGGAAAGAAUGCAUAACCAUUUGACAGCUGCUGUAGUUUCGAAUGAUCCUUUAUUUGUGCAGGAAGUCAUUGGCAAGACGGUAAAUGGUACUACUUAUGCUGGUUUAAGAGCAAGGACAACCGGAGCUCCACAGAAUCAUUGGUUUGGACCCGCCGGUGAUCCUAGAGGUGCAGGAAUUGGUACUCCAGAGGCCAUAAAACUUGUAUGGUCUUGUCACAGAGAAGUUAUCUAUGAUUAUGGGCCGGUGUCAAAGAAUUGGGAAAUUCCUCCAUCUACUUGA